GCCGCCAGGAUGCGCUACGCCGACCCCUCCGCCAACCGGGAUCUACUAGGGAACCGAACUUUGCUUUUCAUCUUCAUCUGCGCUUUCGCGUUGGUGACCUUGCUGCAACAGAUCCUGUAUGGCAGGAACUACAUCAAGAGGUACUUUGAAUUUUACAAGGGGCCCUUUGAAUAUAACUCCUCAAGAUGCCUGGAGCUGAGGAAUGAAAUCCUGGAAGUAAAGGUGCUGUCCAUGGUGAAGCAGUCGGAACUGUUUGACAGAUGGAAGAACCUCCAGAUGUGCAAGUGGGCAAUGAACAUCACCGAAGCCAAACAGUUCAAGUCCACUUUGUCCAGGUGCUGCAAUGCCCCCUCCUUCCUCUUCACCACCCAGAAGAACACUCCCCUGGGGACCAAGCUCAAGUAUGAAGUGGACUCCAGCGGCAUCUACCACAUCAACCAGGAAAUCUUCCGCAUGUUCCCCAAGGACAUGCCUUACUACCGGUCCCAGUUUAAGAAGUGUGCGGUGGUAGGCAAUGGAGGCAUCCUGAAGAACAGCCGAUGCGGCAGGGAGAUCAACAGUGCCGACUUCGUGUUCCGGUGCAAUCUGCCCCCCAUCUCGGAGAAGUACAGUGUAGACGUGGGGAUCAAGACAGAUGUGGUCACCGUGAACCCCAGCAUCAUCAUGGACAGGUUCCACAAGCUGGAGAAGUGGCGGCGGCCUUUCUACCGCGUGCUGCAGGCUUAUCAGAAUGCAUCAGUGCUGCUGCCCGCCUUCUACAACACGCGCAACACCGACGUGUCCUUCCGUGUCAAGUACAUGCUGGACGACUUUGAGUCGCAGCAGGCGGUUUACUACUUCCACCCGCAAUAUCUGUUCAGUGUGUCGCGCUACUGGCUCAGCCUGGGUGUGCGCGCCAAGCGUAUCAGCACCGGCCUCAUCCUGGUCACAGCGGCGCUUGAGCUCUGUGAGGAGGUGCACCUCUUUGGCUUCUGGGCCUUCCCCAUGAACCCCUCGGGCCUCUACAUCACCCACCACUACUACGACAACGUCAAGCCCCGGCCCGGCUUCCAUGCCAUGCCCUCUGAAAUCUUCAACUUCCUGCACCUGCAUAGCCGUGGCAUCCUCCGCGUCCACACGGGUACCUGCAACUGCUGCUGAUGGAGGGCCAGGUGACCCGGACUGUGGCCCUGGUCACCAGAACCUUCUCUUCUCCUGUGCCUCCUGGUGGGACUGGGAG